AUGGUUAAUUUCAACAGUAAGCUGCCGCAACACGUUGGAGAUAUCAAUAUUCUGAUGGUGAGGAGCCAAUGGGAGGGGGGAAAAGAUGCAAGGGGGAGGAGAAGGAAGAAGGCUGAGACACACAAGCAAUGUGUGCAAGGCAGAGACAGACGAGGGCUCCGCACACUGCGCUUCAGAGGCUAUGCUGAGACUGAGCUGCUGACGACAGGAGCAGGGUCUCUGGCUGCCAUCAACAAAGUCUGCGGAAAAGGACAGUUGAAUGCAGCCUCCGAUGUGCACAAAAGAAUGGGUUUCCAUUCAAGGUGGCCAUUGGUGGGACCUGCACCGUCGGCACUGUGUCUAUGUGUGAUCAGCAUGCUGUUGCUGUGCCUGCUGCCCCCUGCGUCGUGCACAACCUGCCCUCAGAAAUGCCGCUGUGAGGAUCUGCAGUUCUACUGCGACACCCAGGGGCUUCAGGCACCCCCAGAUGGUGUGGACAAGGGGGCCCUGGGGCUGUCGCUUCGUCACAACAGCAUCACUGAGCUCAGCCCUGACCAAUUCUACGGCUUCAGUCAGCUCACCUGGCUACAUCUGGACCACAACCAGAUUACCACAGUACAGGAGGAUGCCUUUCAAGGGCUCUACAAGCUCAAGGAUCUUAACCUGAGCUCAAAUCGCAUCACCAAGUUGCCCAACACAACCUUCAUCCACCUCAUCAACCUACAGAUACUGGACCUAUCCUUCAAUCAGAUGACAGCAUUGGAACCAGAACUGUUUCAUGGGCUGAGAAAACUCCAGAUUCUCCACCUGCGCUCCAAUUCACUUCGCACCACACCUGUUCGGGCCUUCUGGGACUGUAGAAGCCUGGAGUAUCUGGGACUGAGCAACAAUCGCCUCCGGAGCCUGGCCCGCAAUGGCUUUGCUGGGCUCAUUAAGCUCAGAGAGCUCCACUUGGAACACAAUCAGCUGACCAAGAUCAACUUGGCCCAUUUCCCUCGCCUCGUUGCCCUCCAGUUUCUAUAUCUGCAGUGGAAUAAGAUAAGCAACCUGACAUGUGGCAUGGAGUGGACCUGGACCACACUGGAGAAGCUGGACCUAACAGGGAAUGAGAUUCGUGUCUUGACACCUGAUGUGUUUGAAACGCUGCCAAACUUAAAGAUUCUCCUGCUGGAUAACAACAAACUGAGUAGUCUGGAUCCCCAGGUGUUGGAUAAGUGGCGGUCUCUGGGUACUAUUGGGCUGUCUAGCAACCUAUGGGAAUGUUCCAAAAGGAUCUGCUCUCUGGCUACUUGGCUGAGCACCUUUAAGGGAAGGUGGGAACAUUCCAUCCUCUGCCACAGCCCAGAAUAUGCCCAGGGUGAGGAAAUACUAGAUGCCGUUUAUGGAUUCCAACUCUGCCAGAAUUUUUCAGUGCCAGUUGUAGAGACUAUCAGCACGACCACAGACGCCACUACAACCCUGGACGUCACCACCUCCUUCUUUGGAAUUAUGCAGCAGACUCCAACACAGGACUAUGCAGAGAAUUUUGGGAGCUUUACUACAGUGACCACCACAACAAUCACGACUCAAACACCACGCACUCCUAAAACAACUACCAUUGUGUUUGAAGAGCCAGCUGUAACAGAUGACUUCUCUCAAAUGGACAAUACUGUUCUCACUCACAGGGUUAUAAUUGGAACUAUGGCCCUGCUAUUUUCAUUCUUUCUCAUCAUUUUCAUUGUGUAUAUCUCACGGAAGUGCUGCCCUCCCACCCUGCGCCGGAUACGCCACUGCUCAGCUAUCCAGAACCGCAGACAGAUGAGAACCCAGCAGCGGCAGCCUAUGGCAGACCUAGCUACACAGGUGCCCUAUAAUGAGUAUGAGCCCAGCCAUGAAGAGGGAGCACUUGUCAUCAUCAACGGCUAUGGGCAGUGCAAGUGUCAGCAACUGCCUUAUAAGGAGUGUGAAGUAUGA